AUGCCAGAGAUUGACAUCAACAUAACCUGCCACGAGCUGAAUAUCGAUCCAACCUUCAAACCAGUCAAACAGAAAAGACAAAAGUUGGGACCCGAGCGCGCUACUGCGGUCAACGACGAAGUCGAAAAACUGCUUAAAGUUGGAUCGAUAACAGAAAUAAGGUACCUAGACUGGCUCGCCAACCCUGUAGUGGUCAAGAAGAAAAAUGGGAAGUGGCGAGUCUGUGUUGAUUUUACUGACCUUAACAAAGCCUAUCGCAGAACUUAUUGCUACAAGGUGAUGCCCCUCGGCCUCAAAAAAGCCGGCGCAACCUAUCAACGACUCGUGAACCGGAUGUUCUCCAAACAACUCGGUAAAACUAUGGAGGUCUAUAUCGACGACAUGCUCGUAAAAUCCCUCAAUGCGGAAGAUCACGCUUUUCAGCAGCUGAAACGCUACUUGGCCACUCCUCCGGUUCUCGCAAAACCUGUCGAAGGAGAACCCUUGUUCUUAUAUAUCGCAGUAUCAGCAACAGCCGUAAGCGGCUUCCUCAUCAGAGAAGAGCGCGGUGAACAGAAACCCAUUUUUUACAUAAGCAAAACUUUGCCAGAUGCUGAGUUACGGUAUCCGCUAAUGGAAAAACUAGCAUACGCGGUCGUGACAUCGGCACGAAAGCUCAGAUCGUAUUUCCAAUCCCACGCGAUCGUCAUCCUCACGACCUUCCCUAUGCAGACGAUUUUGCAUUGUCCAAGCCAGUCGGGAAGACUAGCCAAAUGGGCAGUCGAGUUAAGUGAGUACGAUAUAGAAUACCGACCAAAAACGAGUGCAAAAUCCCAAGUACUCGCAGACUUUUUGGUAGAGCUACCGACGGGAACCGUGACUAUCAAGGAACAAAAUUUGACCUGGGUCCUUCACAUCGACGGAUCGUCAUCUAAGCAAGGAUCAGGCAUCGAAAUUUGCCUCACGUCACCAACCAGUGAAAUCCUAGAGCAAUCAUUUAGACUGGAAUUUCACGCGUCCAACAACGAGGCCGAAUACAAAGCGCUCAUUGCAGGACUACGAUUAGCUCACUGA